AUGCAAAGACUUCGAGAUGGAAGCUCGGGUGCUGGUACAAGCAAUGUAGGCCAAUACUAUAGGUCUAUAACCUUUACUGAUUUUCUCAAGAGUGGUCCACCUCAGUUUAAUGGAAAUGCCAAUGCAUUGGAGGCUGAUCGGUGGUUUCGAGAUGUGGAGAAGUUUUUGUACACUCAGCACAUUCCUGAAAUACCGUCAGUGGAAAUAGUGACCUACAUGUUAGAGGGAGAUGCUCAGAAUUGGUGGCAUGAGUUAUGUCAUACCUUACAGUUGGAGUUAACAGAUGUUUCUUGGAGUAUAUUUAAGACGGAAUUUUACGGGAAAUAUUUCUUGCAUGCACUUCGCACUGCAAAAGAGUUGGAUUUAAUGCAGUUAAAGCAAAAGGAUAUGUCCGUUGCUGACUAUACCUGUGAAUUUGACAACCUGUGCCGUUUCUCAAAAGCUUGUCAAGGAAAUUCAGCUGACUAUGAGGAGUGGAAGUGUGCUCAGUAUGAGAAAGGACUUAGGAGAAAUAUCUUUAACUAUGUGUAUCCGCAAAAACUAAUGAAUUUCACUGAAUUGGUUAAGAAGAGCCAAUUCGCAGAAGAUUACUCCCUAAAGUGGGCAAUGCUACAGGAAGGCUAUGGAGAGACUACUCCAGACGAGCCACAUAGGGCCGAGCUAGGUGUAUGCUACAAGUGCGGGAUGCCGGGGCAUAUAGUUCAAGACUGUCCACAUAGGAGACACUGGGAUACAGCCGAAACCGAUUCUCAGACCCGAGGUAACCAUGAACUAGCAGUUGAUUUUUUAGCUACCUUGCAUAUCAUUAAUAUGUAA